CGUCGCGUCCGCCUUGACACGUGAUCAUUCCUGCGCUGGGACCGGUGGGGGGGGCAGGACUUCUGUCCAAGUCGGAGUAAAGGAAACCGAAGCAAGCAGAGAACAGGGAGGCAGCGUACACACACAUACAGGCCCGUACCUCAGUUAUCUCCAGCGGCGCAGAGUUUGUCGGCAGUGAAGAUGAUCCAGUGUUUGCCGCGAAUGCUCUUUCUGUCGGUUCUGGUGGCGUUCGCCGCCUGCGACGCUCCCCCGGUGCCGCUAGACGACAUCCUCAUAGAGAAAACUUUCGUGCCGGAGCAGUGUGUGCGCGCAGUCAAAGUCGGGGAUUAUGUCAGGUAUCACUACAUCGGCACGUUUCCGGACGGCAAGAAGUUCGACUCCAGUUACGACCGCGGCAGCACGUACAACGUGUUUGUUGGCAAGAAGCAGCUGAUCGAAGGGAUGGACAAAGCUCUGGUGGGGAUGUGUGUCAACGAGAGAAGUCUGGUGAAGAUCCCCCCUCACCUCGCCUACGGAAAGCGUGGAUACGGCGACAUCAUCCCUGCGGACUCCAUCCUCCACUUUGACGUCCUGCUGCUCGACGUGUGGAACCCGGAGGACGGCGUCCAGAUCAACACCUACCACAUGCCCGAGACCUGCGACAGAAAGGUGGAGGUGUCUGACUACGUACGCUACCACUACAACGGCACCCUGCUGGACGGGACGCUGUUCGACUCCAGCCACACCCGCAUGCGCACCUAUGACACCUACGUUGGGAUCGGGUGGCUGAUUGCCGGUAUGGAUCAGGGCCUUCUGGGAAUGUGCGUCGGAGAGAGACGCAUCAUCACAAUGCCUCCCUCGCUUGGAUAUGGAGAGAACGGAGACGGCAGCGACAUCCCAGGACAGGCGUCCCUGGUGUUUGACGUCGUACUCCUGGACCUCCACAACCCCAGAGACGGGAUCACGGUGACCAAUCAGGUGGUGCCGGAGCCCUGCACCAGGAAGUCCGUCUCUGGAGACUUUGUGCGCUACCACUACAACGGCAGCCUCCUCGACGGGACGUUUUUUGAUUCCAGCUACUCUCGCAAUCGUACCUACGACACCUACGUGGGCCGAGGCUACGUGAUUGCCGGCAUGGACGAGGGUCUGAUCGGCGUUUGUGUCGGCGAGAGGCGCACCAUCACAAUCCCCCCGCAUCUCGCCUACGGAGAGGAGGGCACGGGCUCGAAGAUCCCCGGUUCGGCCGUGCUGGUGUUUGACGUUCACAUCAUCGACUUCCACAACCCGUCGGACAUCACCGAGGUCAAGGUCACGUACAUGCCUGAGGAGUGCGACAGGCAGACUAAGAAGGGCGACUUCAUCAAAUAUCACUACAACGCCUCCCUGAUGGACGGCACAUCCAUCGACUCCACGUAUAACUAUGGAAAGACUUACAACAUCGUCCUGGGAGCGAACCAGGUGGUCCCAGGGAUGGAGGAAGGACUGAUGGAAAUGUGUGUGGGGGAGAAAAGGCACCUGAUAAUCCCUCCUCACCUGGGCUACGGGGAGAGAGGAGUCACUGACGAGGUCCCAGGGAGCGCAGUGCUGGUGUUUGACAUCGAGUUGAUAGACAUGGAGGAGGGACUGCCUGAGGGCUACAUGUUCAUCUGGAACGACGACGUGUCUCCUGACCUUUUCGCUGAGAUGGACAAAGAUGACAACAAGCAGGUGGAGCCCUCUGAGUUCACCGACUACAUCAUGCGGCAGGUGACCGAGGGCAAAGGCCGCCUGGCUCCGGGCUUCGAUCCCUAUCGCAUCAUUGACAACAUGUUCUCCAACCAGGACCGCAACGGGGACGGAAAGAUCACGGAGGCAGAGUUCAAACUCAAAGCAGACGAGCCCGCCCAUGACGAGCUAUGACGGGGCUGAGCGUCAAACUCGGAUCAAGGUGUAGGCUGUGGGGUCAGACAUCAGGGGGGUUAUUAUACAUACGUGGGUGGUAGAGUAGAAAAAAAGACGGAGUUAUGUGCGUAAAGUAAGCAAGUGCGGGAUGAGAACUGUUCUGAGAGAUGUUUUAUUUUUAAUUUGAAGACUUAUAGGACGGCCAAAGCACAUCUUGUCCUUAUGGAGCCAAAUGAGUCGGAGGAUUUAGGAAUGAGAGGAUUAUUGGAAAGAAAACAAAUGAUCUGAGGACUUUAGUGACGGUGAAUGACUUGUUUUUUGUUUUUGUUUUUUAUCUCGUCUGUCUUGUUUUAUAUGACUUUUUUUUUAUUUUGAAGGGUACAAAAGCACUCCUGUCUGAGAGAACGAACCAAGGCCUCACUCCACAACACUCAUCACUCCUUCCUGACAUAUAUUGUUGUUUACAUUUUUGUGGUUGUGCGUGUGAAACAUAGUUUUCUUUUCCACUGGGUAUCAGCGCGUCUCCGAAAAAUAGCUUCCAUGAGCAAUGAGCGUGAGGGUUCGAAAGUGAGAUAUUUAAGCUGACACCUUCUGUUGUUUUAUGUCAAAAUGUCAGGAUGCCUUCUGUGUUCUCUGCUGUUCAGAUCAACAGACACUGAAAAUCCAAAAAAAAAAAAUGUUGUUGGGUCUUUUCAGUCGCUCAGUCGCUUUUAGUCAACUUGUUGUUCCAUUGCUUGGUUUUGUCUUCAUUCACAUUUCACCUGAUUGUGUGUGUGUGUGUGUUUGUGUGUGUGUGUGUGUGUGUGUGUGUGUGUGUGUGAGAGAGAGAGAGAGAGACAGAAUGAUACAGCGAGUGAAAAAAGUGCGUGACUGUCGUUUUUGUUUUACUAGUUCAUUCAGGAGAAUACUGAGGCUUGUUGAUGACAGUGUCAGCACAAAGUUUAAUUUGAUUAAAUGACCUGACUUAAAAAAAAAAAAAA